AAUGAGACGGUAUAUUUCAGUAUAUUUCUGAGGGCCAGACCGUAUAUUUUAGCGAUAAAUCCGCGGUCACACUGCUGUCAAGAGCAAGAAAGAAAACUGAUGUACGAUGCGUGCGGCAUAGAAGCUAUAAACCCACCACCCCGACCCCCGAGCGCCAGAACACGAUAUAUACACACACACACACUGAAACACACAUGUACACGUAGGGCGCCCCGAAAAGAAUAUUGUACAUAAAUUUUAAUUAAAGAAAGCAACGAAGAAAACAACGGAACGAGCAGAAGCAGCAGCAGCAGCAGCAUAACAGAAAACAUCACAAAAGACAAUAUAAAAAUAUUAAAAAAAAAAAAAACAAAAAAAUCAAUAAAGAGCGGCAGCUCACGGCGAUAAAAAGGUGUUAUCAGUGUGAAUUGUUGCUGUCGGUGCCCACACGACAACCAAAACAGAUAGGAAGCAGACAGACAGAGGCGAAAAGUGGCGGAGACUCUUGUGGCCAUCGGCCGCGGGCAGCGCUCCUCUUCACUGUUGUUUGCCGCGCAGUGACGCAGGCAUUCGGCGGUGCGGUAGAUAGGUAGAGAUUGGAGAUUGCAAAGCGUUUACCAUGUCUGUGCAACAGUUCUGCCUGCGGUGGAACAAUCACCAGCCGAACUUCAUAUCGGUGUGCUCCUCGCUGCUGCACAAUGGCACCCUGGUGGAUGUCACGCUGGCUGCCGAGGGGCGCCAGCUGCAGGCCCAUAAAAUAGUACUGUCUGCAUGCAGCUCGUACUUUCAGGCCCUGUUCACGACGAAUCCGUGCCAGCAUCCGAUCGUUAUACUGAAAGACGUUCAAUAUGAUGAUCUCAAGACGAUGGUGGACUUUAUGUAUUACGGGGAGGUGAACGUGUCGCAGGAGCAGCUACCGCACAUACUUAAGACGGCCGAGAUGCUCAAGAUCAAGGGCCUGGCCGAGAUGCCCACGGACCCGGCCAAUCUCACCAAAUCGGACAGCAAAUCAUCGAGCGACGGCACUGAGCUGGUGGGUGGCGCCGGCUCUGGUGUGGCGGGAGCAGGAGGUACCUCUGCGGGCAGCCUAGGUGCUGCCAGUGGCAGCAGUGUGGGCGACUCGCUGUGGAGCAGCAGCGAGGCGCAACAGUUCCAACAGCAGCAACAGCAACAACAGCAGGCCCAGCAACAGCAGCAGCAUCAUCACCACCAGCAGCAGCAGCAGCACCAGCUCCAACAGCAGCAGCAACAACAGCAGCAGGCCCAGCAACAGCAGCAGCAACACCAUCAUCAUCACCACCAGCAUCAGCAGCAGCAGCAGCAACAGCAGCAGGGCGGACAGACGCAGGCGCCGCAGACGCAUCACCAUCAGAUGAGACGAACCCCCUCGCCGCUGAGCGCUGGCACAUCGCCGGCCACGCGGCGCAAGAGGCUGCGCAAAUCCUCGAAUAACGGCUCUGGCGAACGCAACAAUGCAGAGGAGCAGCACAACAGUUCUUUGGAUGCCGGGAGUGCCGCUGGCAAUGCGGGCCUCAGUCUCGCCCAAAUGAGCCAAAUGUCCUUUGGCGGGGCGGCCAAUACGGCGGCUGCAUUGGGCAGUCUCGCGAGCCAUUCACUGCACGCUUCCAAGCUGCUGAAGGAGUCGGCGAGCAGCGAGCUGGACCAGCAGCCGCAGGACUCGGACCUGGACGACGGACACGGACACUUACAUAUGCAAAUUAAGCCCGAGGUGGAUAUCGGCGGAGUGAACCAAACGAUGCCCCUGGACAUUUCCGGCGCCACCACACCAUCUGAGCACGAUGCGCCAAACUCUCAGUCCUCGCACUCGGGUCUGCAAUGGACAGUUGUCGAUUCAAACUAUCCGCGCUUUUCCCUGCCCGCCUGCCAGUCCAACCUGAUUGGGAAUGGCAGCGGUGGCGGUGGCGGUGGCGGCGGCGGUGCCGGCAAUCAGAGCAGUGCGAAUAGUAGCGCCGGCGGCGGCAACGUAGGCGGUGGUGGCACCAACGAGCAGCGUCAGCAGCAGCAGCACGAGGCACAGCAGCAGGCCACCCAGCAGCAGCAGCAUCUGCAGCAACUGCACUACCAGCAGCAGCAGCAACAGCAGCAGCAGGAGCAGGCGGCGGCGGCCGCCUCCGGUCAGGCGUACUCCUCCCAGAUCAUAACCGUCAACAACCUAGUCAGCGGAUAUGCGACGGCGGCCCAGAACCUCUCGCCCACCUCACCCAACGAGUCCAACAUGGUCCAGUCUGUCUACAGUCAGGGCCCCACGCCCACACAGUCGCCGGUGCAUUCUGGCGUGACCGCCGCAGGCGCAGGGGGAGCAAGUACAGGCACAGGCAGCGGCGGUGGCGGCGGCAACAGCAGUGGAGCGGCGAGCCAGGUGGUGAAGCGCAAACGAUCAGUGAACCCACAAGGCGACGAGAACUUCAUAAGGGCUCUGGAGGCGGUUCGCACGGGUGGAAUUGGCUUCUGCAAGGCGGCCCGAUUGUACGGCGUGAACAAUCGGACUCUGUGGCUCGAGUACAAGAAGCGUGGCUACCCGGUGUCGCGGCCGAGCAUAAAGGCGCGUGUGGUCAAGCAGGAGCCGAACCUCUCGCCGUCUCCAACACCGUCAACAAAUCCGGGCGACGACACAGCAAACGAAACGCUCAACAUGCAGAUUCCACCGCAGGCAGAGACCCCGACACCUUCCCUGAUGUGCACACCCCACCACGGCAGCAUCGGCAGCAGUGCGGGCACCUUGCCCAGCGGCGGCAACUCCCAUCCGGCCAUCGGGGUGAUGAGCCUCUUCGACGCACGCUACAUGGACUCGCCGGGAAAUGUACACACCAUGUCUCGGCAGCGGUACAUCGACGCCACAGGCGCCGGGGCGGGAGCAGCAGGAACGGGUGCGGGCACCAUCAACGUCAAUCCGACCACUGCAAUGAAUCUACAGAGUAUUAACUUUAACUCAAUAUAGAAUACGAUUUCGAGUCAUAUGGGGGCCACAGCAGCAGCAGCCGGAGCAGCAGGGGCAGGGCCACAUACCCUGCUGCAGGCAGCCGCUGUUAUGGCCGCCAGCGAGCCACCCGAAACAAUGAGCAUAUCAGCAAUGUCGAUGCCCGUUCCAGUACCCGUCUCUGUUUCGGCCAUGGGCAUGGCCCAUAGCUUUCUGAUCAACAAUUUCGUAACGGUGGCGGGCCCCCCAGUGGCAACGGUGAGCAGUACGCUUGGGCCACUGGUCAACACCGGCCUGCAAUACAUGGACAAACCAUAAAAGAAGAGCAUAAGGGCAAGAGGGCAAGAGGAAUACCCAUCUCCCCCCACCCCCUAAAAUCGAUACAAUACAGGUAUUAGAGAAAUGGCAGCAUAAACCCAUAGUGUACAUAUUAUGUAGCAGACCGAUUAAACGGAAGAGUGGCAAUAUCAUAAUGUCGGCGUUGGAUGUUGAUCUGGAGUCCGCGGGAACCCACCGGAGGAUGCACUGCACACUGCGCUGAGCUGAGCUGAGAUGAACGCAGGGGGGCAGAGGCACAGCGGAACGUCACGGAUUGGAACGAAGCGGAGCGGAGCAGGGAGACAACGACAGCCCCCCACGGCCGCACUUGUAAUAAUUGUCAUAGAACGUAAUUCCUUAAUCUUAAAGUUUUACACCCCCCUUACAUUUUUACGAUUGUUAACUAAGGAAGAAUCGGUAGUACAGAUCUAUAGUUCUAUCUAUAUAUAUAUAUGUAUAUGUAAAACAAAAAAUAUGGUAACUGUAUAUAAAUUAUUCAAUUUUAUUAGUCUUAAACCGAACAUCAAAUGCGUUGAAACACCAGCAACCGAAAGUGUCCCAUGUAUCAGCCUCCCAAGGGGAUAUGUGCGCAGCUCUAGAUAGGGUGCUGUGCCAGAAGCCAGCCGAGCAUACACUCUGCGAAUACCCUACCCUGCCCUGCUGUGUGUCGAUAUUCGGGUGAUAUUCGGCCCCAUUUAAGAUGUUCAAUCCAUAUUUUUUUUCUUUUUUUUUUGAGAUUCCUUUUGUAUGGGAAAUCCCUUAACACACACUCGGUACGGUAUGGUGCGAGAGGGUAUGGUGGGCUCCCUGGCCCAUCAGAGAUAAGUUUUCUUCCAAGUUUUUAAAGAAAUUUUGAAUUGUGCACUUGUGUUAUAGUAGCAAAUAUCAGUAUGUUAGGUACUCCUAUAUUCAUUAUCUUUAUAUAAUUGUAUAUAUAUACGAUAUAGCAUCUUAGGUAUAAAGAUAUAUAUAUAUAACGUUUUGUGUACAGUUGAAAGGCGAAGAAUCAAUUUUAUUUGAAGCACACACACACAGAAACACACGUAAUCGUCAGUCGGUCCCUCCCUCAGAGGAACAGAGAGAUCGAAAGAGAGAGAGAGAUGAUCUGUUCGGUCGAGGGGCCGUACAAUAGUUUUAAGCAAAAUAGAUCCACAGAAAUUGAACGAGAGAAGAAGAGCAAUGUAAGAGAAUCGGAUAUGUAUGAUAUACUUAUAUGUACCACACCACUCAAUAUAUAUGUAUAUAUAUUUAUAUUUGUGAAUGUACCCAACAAUUUUUUAUUUCUUCAACUCUUCGAAUGUGUCGGAAAGCGGAGAGCGAGCAGGCUUCCUAUGGAUGUGGAAGUGGGACCCCCAGAUUAUCGGCGAACGUUUUUUUUUCCUGCAAGACUCUACGCGACAUGAGAGUCACAUAGCGAGGCGGCGGUAGUCGGUAUUUUUUUUUUUUUUUUUAGAGGGCAGUUUUCUUUGUAAAUAGGGUAUCAUAGUGUAGUAGCAGUAGUAUGUGUGUAUGUACAUAUAGACACAAGAUCGGCCGAGAGAUACCGAGAACCAUAUGCAGGACACUCGCAAUAGACAAGCAACAAAAACUUAAACAAAUAACUCGUAACCACCCAAGAAAAUCCUAAAUGGAGACUGCAGCUAAGGGCAAAUAGUAGGCCAAACAAACAACAAAAAGAAAAAAACAAACCGAAACAGAAACAGAAAUACGAUUCCACUACGACUAGACUACGAAUAGUAUGGUUUUUAAUACGACUCAUAUACAUAUUGUAACUAAAUAGAGAUCUUUUUAUAUAUAUUGUGUCAAGUGCAUACUAAGGACUAAGCGUGAUUUGUUAGAAGUCAUACGAAAAAGUAAAGUAAACUUUGAUAAUGGACUUUUAUUACACACAUAAAGCAAAACACACCCACACACACAUGAACACUGAAGGACCGCAGAAGGAGACCACACAAAACAGACACAGACACAGACACCACACACACAAUACAGAAAGAGAACGCGAAAAUAGCAGAAAAGAAACAAUAAAAACAUAUAGUAUAGUAUUACUAACUCUGUUUCCUAUACAAUUGCAAAAAGUACCAAUAACUACGCCUAGUUAUCUGUGUGUUAAAUAGUAUAUAUAUAAUUAUUUAAAAUCCAGCGCCAGUGCAUAAGCGAAACGAUUGUAUUAUAUGUACGUAAGCUGCAUGUUGCAUGCAAUGCACCCUACCAUACCAUGUGUGUACCAUACUACGCAAAACGCAAAACGAAUCGCAAUCGAAUCGAGAUGGAACGAACAUGAAACAUUCUCUAGACUGUAGUCGAUGUGUGCAAGAAACGAAUAAACUUUCAAAACUACAACGUA